CUUCUUUACUCAUCCUACCCUUCCUCCUGUCCCCCUCAUCUCUCUAAUCUCCUUCGUCAGCACAUGGUCACUGCGUUUUUAAAUACCCAUUUUUAUGCUUCUCACCAAAGUUCACCCCUUUUUCUUCUCCAACUAUCUCCAUUGACAGUAAUCUAGAGACCCCCAAUUUUAGAAAAUACAAAGAUCUAUCAACCCUUUGAUUUUCUGUUUUCCCCUUUAUUUUCUCGCCGGAAAUUCUAUCGUUUUGAAUUCAGAAUCGUCCAGUUUCGAUGACAACAAUGUUAUCAUCGUCCUCACCGUUUCUGUAUUCUUUUGCCCUUUUCCUUUCCCUCUUUUUGCUUUUCCUUUUUGCGCCUCAAUUCUUUCCCUUGAGGAAACAGCCAUCCCCAAUUUCUCUAGAGGACGAGCUCGACGAUCUCCACCUCUUUCACCAGGCAACCGUCGUCUCCUCCCUCAAGGUUUCCCAUCUGGGUAUUACCCAUCCCAAACCCAAAAUCGCCUUCCUCUUCCUCACCAACUCCGAUCUCGUCUUUGCCCCCUUGUGGGAACGGUUUUUCCAAGGACACAAUCAGUUCUACAACAUCUACAUCCACGCCGAUCCGUCCUCCAAAGUGCCUCCCCCAAAGUGGGCAAUUUCGGCCAAUUUCAUACCUGCCAAGAGAACAGAGCGCGCCUCCGCAACCCUAAUCUCAGCCGAGCGCCGCCUCCUCGCUCGCGCCAUCCUCGACGAUCCAUUGAACCUCUACUUUGCCCUGGUGUCCCAACAUUGCAUUCCGCUCCAUUCCUUUCAAUACAUUUACAAAUCCCUAAUCGGGAAUCCGGCAGAGGAAUCGAGGGCGUUUCUAUCCCAGCCCUCCCACAAGAGCUUCAUCGAGAUCUUGGCCAAUGAGCCAACUUUACAGAACCGCUACAUUGCUCGGGGGAAGAACGCGAUGCUGCCGGAACUAACUUUCGAGCAGUUCAAAGUCGGAUCCCAAUUCUUCAUCCUAUCAAAAAGGCACGCAUUGCUUAUUCUCAAAGAAAGAAAACUCUGGAGGAAAUUCAGACUCCCCUGUGUGGAUUUAAAUUCAUGUUAUCCCGAGGAACAUUAUUUCCCUACUCUAUUAUCAAUGGCGGAUCCCGAAGGGUGCAGCCACUAUACCCUAACCAGAGUGAACUGGACCGACAGUGUCGACGGCCAUCCCCACACCUACCACGCUCUGGAGGUAUCGCCGGAGCUAAUACAUACCUUGAGGGAAUCAAAUUCCAGUUACUCGUAUUUCUUUGCUCGGAAAUUCUCGCCGGAGACCUUGACGCCGUUGAUGGAGAUCGCCGACAGCGUCAUUUUCAGAGAUUAAAGUUAAUUUUAGGAAUCUUGUUGACAAUGGAGUAAGUAAGUGGAGAACUGAAAAUCAAACACCGGUGUUGGUAUGUGGGAAAGCAAAUAGCUACACGGCCCCAGACCCCCAACAUUUUGCUGGUUGCCUGUUUCUGUACAUAUGAACACAUUAAAGUUUGUUUUAUUUUUCUUUGUUUUGGGUGUUGAAGUGUUGUUGGGGAUUGAAUGGACGGUGGGGAUAGCCAUAGAGUGGAGUGAGAAAAGCAAUAUCAAGUUUCAUUGCUUUUCUUCUUCUUCUUCUUCUUCUUCUUUUUUUUUCUCGGUUAUCUCCCUUAUGAAACAUCCUUCCACCGUGCUGCAUCUGGUUUUUUUGCAAGUAUGCUUGUACAUUGUUGCAACUUGGUGAAAUGAGAUCUUGUUCAUUUC